AGAACGCUUUUAUGAGAACCCUAUUUAUGCAUUCGGUCAGGAUGAAGGCUAUCGAGUUUUUUGCCGUGUUCCUUACUUUUACGCUUGUUUCAGGUUGCGGAAACCGCCUGCGGUUUCUAGGCUCCGACCGUAUAGUUGGCGGCGCUGAUGCUCUGCCUCAUGAGUUCCCGUGGCAAGUGUCCGUGGAUCUUGUCAACAUGCACUAUUGCGGUGGAACGAUAUGGAAUGAGAACUGGAUCGUUACGGCUGGACACUGCGCCGAUUACGUCUUCUUUGUAUACAAAGUGCUGGUUGGCAAACACGUCCUGAGUAGAGUUGAAACUUUGGAACAACGUCGCUUUGUGUCGGAGGUAGUGGUGCAUCCGAAAUACAGUGAAGACACUGUAGACUACGACAUUGCUCUGAUGAAACUCUCCAGUCCGCUCACCUUCAGCAGGCACGUCGGACCAGUAUGCGCCCCACAAGCCAAUGAUGACUUCACCAAUCAAACGUGUACAGCAACUGGAUGGGGUCUUACCACGCCAGAUGGGGCAGAAGCGAACAUCCUACAGAAGGUUGACCUCCGUGUCUGGAACCAGAGGGAAUGCAUAGAAGUCUACAAGGACGUCAACAACGUUACCGAGAGGAUGAUGUGCGCCGGGUAUAAAGCUGGCGGGUCAGGUCCAUGCCAAGGUGACUCGGGAGGGCCUCUGGUGUGUCAGAGGAAAGACGGCAGAUGGGCUCUUGCUGGAAUCACGUCUUGGGGUAAGGUCUGUGGAGCCGCAAACGAGCCAGCUGUGUUCACUCGCGUGGCGUCUCUUCUGGAGUGGAUAAAGUCUGUAACUGAGUAGCACAAGUUUUCAUGAGGGGCUUCAAGGAAAUGAUCGCUUCGUCCUGCAUGCUUAUAAUCCGCUGACAAGCACUCUACAUUCAGCACUUCUUAAGUGAGCUCUAGUUCGCCUAAGCAUUCUGGAAGUGUGUGUCUAUGCAUAAUUUGCCCUGUUAUACUUGUAGAGCUGUUGACGCAUCCUCCUCAUUGUGAAUCAGAGUGGUUCCUAGGGGCGCCGAACCAGGUGCUUCCUCCAAGGGAGGUGCGUUGUGUGUGUGUGUGUGUGUGUGUUUACUGUUUCUUUUUGUUUUGUUUUUAACUUACGAGUUUGCUGUACAACUGUUUUAGUGCUGACAUUUAUGGAACUCAAUAAACUGUGUGCGCAGUUAA